ACGCGUCUCCUUCCACCUCAGCUGGCCGUGUAGUUAGAAGCGCCCCUAGGGUAACGGCCGCGUUGGACUAUUUUCUCGCGUGGUGAGGCUUGAGGAGUGGGUGAGGGGGCUUCUGGGACAUUGCUGUCUAGGGCUCCACGGGAAUUCGGUUUCACUGGAGGGCUGAGCUCCGUUGUUCCAUAGGAGGGGUCGGAGGAUGCUGGCGAGAAUGCGACAAGAAGCCGGGGAAAGAUGACGAAGCGACUGAUGAUAAUAUUCAGCCUCUUCCUGAUCUCAGUCUUAUGGUCUCCAAAUCAGCAUGUGUUUUGCAAAGAGGACACUACGCUUCCAGCAUCACAAAUCGCACAAACUAAUGAAGAUCCAAUAAGUGAAGAUGAGCCCACCAAGGAGAAGGAGGCAACCGAGAAGCCACAAAUCCCAGAUAUAUUGGAAGCAGAGCCUAUAUCUGCAAACCAAGUGGUAGAGGAUGUUGUUUUUGAAGACUGUCCAAAAGAUGAAAAGGAGAAAAAAGCAGAGCCGGUUGUAAAUGUACCUGCCGUAAACACAGACGCCGAAGAUCUGGAGAAGGCAGCUGUGGACUUGGCUCCGAGCAUUGAAAACAUUUCCAGUUCAUCUACCUCAGAGAUACCGCCUGUCCCGCUGCCAGAUGCAAUAGAAAAUUCCAGUUCUGCUCUCCCCAUAGUCAGCUCUAGUGAAGCUGAGCAGUCAGACGCUGACUGCGACAUUGGGGGGGCAGUAGAGGUUGACCCUCAGAGUGAGCCCUCCUUUACCAACUCACCAACGAGACUUGUAAAUGAACACGUUGAGAACGCCUCUGUUACACACAGUAAGAAACUGGUAAUAGAGACUCCUGAAGCAGGGACGGAAAAGCAGCCUUUACCUCUCAAUGGCUCCGAUGGGCUUGAACAAGAGAAACCUGAACAGAAGGAAGGAGCUGCAGCCGACCCAGCGACUUCUGCGAGCUCAAAGGACCCUGUUGACAUUCCAACAUUCGAUGAAUGGAAGAAACAAGUAAUGGAAGUUGAAAAAGAAAAAAGCCAGUCAAUGCAUCCCUCUUCAAAUGGAGGACAGCACUCUGUAAAGGUCCAAAAAAACAGAAACAACUACGCUUCGGUGGAGUGUGGCGCAAAAAUCCUUUCUGCCAACCCUGAAGCCAAGAGCACAUCUGCAAUUUUAAUAGAAAAUAUGGAUCUGUACAUGUUAAAUCCUUGCAGCACAAAAAUAUGGCUUGUUAUAGAGCUGUGUGAACCCAUUCAGGUGAAGCAACUUGAUAUUGCGAACUAUGAACUCUUUUCAUCUACUCCAAAGGACUUUCUAGUUUCUAUCAGCGACAGGUAUCCCACUAAUAAAUGGGUCAAGCUGGGUACUUUCCAUGCCAGAGAUGAAAGAACAGUGCAGAGCUUCCCACUGGAUGAGCAGAUGUACGCAAAAUACGUCAAGAUGUUCAUCAAGUACAUAAAGGUGGAGCUCAUCUCGCAUUUUGGAUCGGAGCACUUCUGCCCAUUGAGCCUCAUAAGGGUUUUUGGUACCAGCAUGGUGGAAGAAUACGAGGAAAUUGUUGACUCUCAGGACCAGUCAGAACGCCAAGAACUAUAUGAUGAAGAUGAAGAUUAUCCAAUGGAUCACAACACAAGGGAUGAUAAAUCAUCUAAAAAUCUGCUUGGUUCUGCUACAAAUGCCAUUAUUAGCAUGGUGAAUAAUCUUGCUGCUAACAUGCUGGGUGCGAAUACUGAGGAAGAAAUCACUGAAGGGAAAGUACUGAAUGGGAGCAAAUCUGAAAAUGUAUCCGAAACCCAAGAUACAGCAGCAUCAUCUGAACAGACGCUAACUAUAACUCCUACACCAAUGUUGGAUACCAGCAUCUCUGCUCCUACAAUACCUGUUGCUGAGAUGGAGGCUCCAAAAGAAAACCCCAUAGUUCAGUUGGUUCAAGAUGAGGAUGAGGAACCACCGAUUCAGUCAACAGUCAUUCUUCUGCCGAAGGGGGAUCAGGAAGAAGAAAAAGUUGUCUGGUUUGAACACGAAACCCAGUUGUAUUGCAGUGAACUUAUAACAGUUUGCUGCAUCUCCAGUUUCACUGAACAUAUAUAUAGAUGGUGUUCCGCCAUUGUGGCGAUUCACAGACUGCGUAGUAAAACGGCAGAAUACAAAAGAGAGGAGGAGGAAUCUCAGGCCGCUCAGCAGCCUCUUGCAAGCCCAACUACUACCGCUGAUUCAGUCAUAACUGUUGUGCCAGAAGCAUCGGAAGUGAAAACGACAGAAAAAGCAACAACAGACUUUAUUCUGGUUAAUCCUGGAGACGAUUUACAAUCUAGUAAUAAUAUUGAGUCUAUUGGUUUAGAACCUAGCCACACACAGGCAGUGUCGUCUCAGGCUUUUGUUUCAGACUUAACAUCAGAUGUAAACUCUGCAUCCACAACGUCUGUACUAGAGGCCACCAAAAUGGACAUUGCCUCAGCGUUGCACACUCCAUCAUCAGAGGUGACACUGUUACCAACAAAGGAGCUUCAACCAAGUGAGACUCUGGUUUAUGGUGAAAAAACAACUGUCAUCUUGGAGACCAGUAGUGUGCCGAGCGUCCCGGAGGGCAACAUCAAAGAAACUGACUACGUUGAUAUUAAAGCUACCGAGACCCUUCCGCCCCCCGAAACCAGCACGUUACCAACAGAGAAUGAAUUUGAAGAAGCACAAAAGCCUGUAAUGAAUAAGACUAUUGAAACCCCAACUCCCCUAGAGAAAAAGGAGGAAGAGCAGACAUCCGAUGAUGUGACGAUCCCUGGCAACCUGCAAAGAACUACUACAGACUUCUAUGCGGAACUCCAAAAUUCCACCGAUCUGGGCUAUACCAAUGGAAAUCAAGUACAUGGCUCCAAUCAAAAGGAAUCUGUUUUCAUGAGACUCAAUAACCGCAUUAAAGCUCUGGAAGUGAACAUGUCUCUUAGUAGCCGCUAUUUGGAAGAACUUAGCCAAAGAUAUCGUAAACAAAUGGAAGAAAUGCAGAGAGCCUUUAACAAAACCAUAUUAAAACUUCAGAAUACUUCAAGAAUCGCUGAAGAGCAGGACCAGCGACAAACGGAGUCAAUUCAAUUGCUGCAAGCACAGAUCAUUAAUAUGACGCAAUUGGUUUCCAAUCUAUCAGAAACAGUCAUUGAACUAAGACGUGAGGUGUCUGAUCGGCAGAGCUACUUAGUAGUUUCUCUGGUCUUGUGCGUUAUCUUAGGACUACUGGUUUGCCUUCAACGCUGCAGAAACACUGCACAAUCCAAUGAAAAUUACCUCUCCAAAAUACCUAAAAGCAAUAACUUCCCCAGCCCCAAACGCUGCUUCUCUUCCUAUGACGAUAUGAAUCUUAAACGGAGAACUACAUUUCCCCUGAUUCGCUCCCAGUCGUUUCAAUUGUCCAGUAAAGAAGGUGUGUAUAGAACAGUGGAUCCAGAUGACUUGUACAUUGUUGAACCAUUGAAAUUUUCUCCAGUGAAGAAGAAAAAACGAUGCAAGUAUAAAAGUGAAAAGAUUGAGACUUUGAAGCCAGUCGAUCCAUUGAAAUCUGUCCCAAACGGGGAUAUAAAAACAAAGAAGGCUUUCACAAAUCAAAGGGACUUCUCUAACAUGGGGGAAGUGUAUCACUCCUCCUACAAGGGUCCGCCAUCAGAGGGCAGUUCGGAAACCUCUUCCCAGUCGGAGGAAUCCUAUUUCUGUGGCAUCACAGCCUGCACAGCCCUGUGUAACGGACAGCCCCAGAAGAGCAAAACCGAGAAGAGGGCCAUCAAACGUAGGCGCUCCAAACUCCAGGACCAAGGAAAGUUUAUCAAAACAUUAAUACAAAAUAAGUCUGGGUCCAUGCCCAGUCUGCACGAUAUAAUCAAAACCAAUAAAGACCUUGCCGUGGGGACAUUUGGGGUUACGACUGUUUCUGGUCAUCUCUAAAAAUACAUGAUUGGAUUUCAGCCACAGGGUAUCCCUUUCUUUUUAUACGAUUUCUGGUACUGCAAAGAAGAAAAAUCCAUCUUGUGAGAUUUAUGACAGCAGAUGGUACAACCAACCUGGGAUUAUAUUCCCUGCCUGAUGACACAAAGGAUUAUUUGGAUUGAAGAUUAUCUCCGGUUUUUGGACCUUUAGUGGAAGUAAACAGACCAUCUUUUGUUGUUUUUUUGAGAAUUGUUAUAUAGGAUAGUUUUGUUUUUUCACAGUUUAAUUACUGGGGGAAAUAACUCUUUGAUGCCCAGUUUGUUGGGUGGAAUUUAAGCUCAGCAUCCCUUCCCCUACCCCGACUUUGUUCUUAUAUUUGCACCUUUUUCAUAUUUAUGUGCCUUCUGUCUAUUUAUAAUGCCACUGGAGAGGAAAGCACCAAGUAAGAAUGUGAGGUUGUGGGUUUUUUUUGUGUGUGUUGCCCCCUACCAUUUCUCUUUUUUUGAUUUCACGUGGUCUAUGCUAUGAUGGGUAAGGCCAUAUCCCGACAGAAUGCUAAAAGUAACUGUGUGAAAGCAGCGUAGAGGAUGACAGUGUGUAGUUAUGUUAGAAUAGGUAUUUAUUAUCCCAAUGACUUAAUGAAAUCUGAGCUCUAAAAUGUGCUGACAUUUUGAACACGACUAGUUAUGUGUACACAAAAUCCACUUUUGCCAUACUCCACAGGCAAACUACAUACAACGGAGGACAAGUGAAGGAAAUAGAAGGGGGGCUGCUUAUUUUUGGAAGCUCCUUUCUUUGCCCAGAUCCACUGACUCUGUAUUUUGAUGGUGUCUGUGUCUGGCAACCUCUUCUAAAGUGUUCAGCAUUUCAAGAGUUUGAAACAUAAUACAAGGCUACAUCUAUUUCUCUAUAACCAGUGUUACAUAGGAAAUAGCGUGCCAUAUCUGUAAGAUUUCAGCCGCGCUCCAGAGGAUGUGUGAUGCUUUAGUUUCAGAAAGCAUGAGAUAAAUAUCACAUGUAAGGAAGAUUCAAGUAUUGAUGAUCUCUGCCAUUUUCUUCAUACUCAUUCACUACAGGUUAAUAAAGAGAGCCCAUUUUUUAGUAAUCAAAAAUGAUAUAUUUAUAUGUAACUGAUUUUAAGCAGCCAAAUGGUAACUUAUAUAACAGAGUGAACGUGAUUUGUUUUAUUGCAAUGAGAAUGUUUAGCUGUGCCCAUGUUAUAAUAUUACAUAUCUUCAGUGCAUUGAUGACAUAGAAAACACAAAUAUUGACUGA